GUCGUAGUCGUGUUUUUGGCUCUUCAGUAGCCACUGACGUCUGGGUUGGGAGAGAAAGUUCAACAUCAGCUACUAAGAUUAUACAAUUUAGGAUCAUUGACACACACUCUAAAAAGAGAGACAACCAAGAACCUAGGUAAGAUAUUAAAAACUUCUAGGUUGUAGUUCACGACCAUGACACGUACCACCCUCCUGUGAGGACGUACCACUCUCCUAUCUACCUACAAUCCUAUCACCAUCGAUUUAAACAAGAAGAAGAUGCUGACGUCCUCCCCAACCGGAGAAAGAAGUCCGGUUUUCGAGAUCAGUCCUGCAGUGCAGAGCUACGACUGGGGUAAGAAGGGGAAAAAUUCGCGUGUAGCGCAAUUUCUGGCGGAAAUUGAUGAUGCCAAAUCUUACGCCGAAUUGUGGAUGGGCACACACCCAAGCGGGAUGUGCCAUGUCAAGAAAGCAAAUCCUACCGAUUGUUCGGGGGAUCCACGACAAGUUAAGCUUAUAAGGUUCUCCUGUAAGAAGAUGUACGUAGGUAGCUCAGGACAUAUUUCUAUCAGUAGAUAGGGUCUGUAAAAAUUAUAUCUAAGAUCCUAGGUGGUCUCCAGCUCUUUGCGAGCGAUGGUCUCUGUGUGAACUGUGUUAGCACGUUCGUGGACGCGCUCCACUUUAUGCUUCCCCCUACCGCAACUGAAUGGUAGCCCCCUUACCUCUUGAAUAGGUAAAUCAAUCAAUCAAUCAUUCUCACAGAGUCAUGUUCAAUAGUACAUCAUGAUAGUAGAUGAAGAUGAGUCAACAUUUUCCUGAUGUUUAUUGAUUAUGCUCAAAAAUAACGAUGAAGAGCGCUAAGUAAACGAUAACAUCGGUCGUGGAACAGAACGAGGCUGGUCACGCUGGUGCUUCUGAUCAAGAUGAUGCCAACAACUACAACAAUGCAAAUGGAGCAAACGCAAACAAUGACCUUGUUGAGAACAAUACAUCAAAAAUGCCAGCAGCUACAACUAGUAGUACGUCUUCUCUCGUAGCAGAUGAAGGUCAACAAAAACAUGUCAACAAGCACGAAGGACAACAUGUUGUACGACAAGAAAGGUUGCCACUUCUCGACGUGCUCCAAAGUGACCCAGAUUUCUACCUGGGACCAGCAACGAAGUCGUCAUCUUCGUCGGAGACACGAGACCUGCCUUUUCUAUUCAAGUUAAGGAUUGCAUAUGAGUAUUUUUUUUUGUAUGCCGAGGGAGACCGCCGGAAGUAGGAUGAUCCCAGUGAAGAUGACCGACGCACCUGCCGGCGACGGGGAUAAGUGUAAUAAGUAGGAACGUUGUAGUGUUGGUGUCUUCUUGCACGAACAUCUUUCUUGUUUUUUCUUUUUGCAUCUCUAAUGAAAGUCUUAUCGGUCGGAAAAGCGUUGAGCAUUCAGGUCCAUCCGGACAAGUCCCUGGCAGAGAAACUUUACCGGGAACAACCUUUAUGAACAGUAACACUUCGAGAUCGAGUGCGAUAGGUCAUAUGAUCUCAUGCGGAGCACGUCUUUUUCGAAAGUAGAACACCAAUAGCGCCACCACCUCUGAUAAAAAUAUCUUUCUGGCUCGCUGUGUGGACUAUUGCUACUUAUUCUUUUUCGCUUCUAAUGAGAAUGAUUACAGCCAUGAAGCCAUGUGCACUUCAUGAUCUAGAUUGAUGUUGGCUUUCUCACGAUUCUAAUAAUUCAUCCCACCUCUAAUUCCCACUGUGUAUAAAGAUCCGAACCACAAACCAGAGAUUGCAAUACCGCUGGGGCCAUUCGAGGCGUUAAUGGCUUUUCGUCCAAAACAAGAGAUCCUUUUUUUCGUUGAAACUAUACCAGAAUUGUAUGUGCUAACUGGCGACAUUGUUGCUGGAGCUGCAACAGCUCCUGGGAAUGUUAAGGCUUAACAGACAUAGACAUAGAUGAGGAUUAAGUCGAAUCAUGUGCCGACCAAUUCAAGCUUACUGUAAUCUAAAGAGAAGCACGAGUUCAAGUUCUUCUAUUCUAAGACUAGUGAAGAUCAGCAGGUCGUUCCAAGAUUAUACGCCGCCUUGAUGCACCAAAACGCUGAGACAGUGAAGGAGCAGGUACUUGUUUUACUUAUAAUGUCACUUGCAGUUUAUUUACGUAUAAUCGUGAUGACUCUACUCUGUUUGCUUCGGAUAGAAUAAACUGUAGUCCCGUUAAAUCCGCAAGAACUACUCACCACAUCACGAGGUUCACAAAUUAGUCGAACGGUUACGCAGGGUCGAAUCGGGAGAAGAAGUCCUAAGAAACGACGCAGAUGCGACAACGAGCCCCUUCACUCCCGCAUUGCAGCGUCUGAUUCUGCGGCUCAACGAGGAGUUUCCUGGUGACGUUGGCGUUUUCUCAGUCUUCUUCUUGAAUAUGGAUGAUGUUUACUCUCUGAUCUUUCACGGAUCAUCGACUCUGCCCAUUUCCCCCCUCACUAAAAGAGUUUUUUUCUGAAGGGGAGCCUCGAUGGUCUCAUUCUAGAAGGGAGAAAAAACAUCCUCUAUAUUGAACUACGUACAGGCAGAUCGAGGGAAUUUUUUGUUCUGUGAAGCCUUCGUUCCACACGCAUACCUCAGUGGUGAUUGUGUGGAGUGCAUGGCGUUAUCGGAUAACGUCAUACGAGCUGGUCUGACCCCAAAAUUCAAGGACGUGGAUCUACUUUUGCAAUGCGUGAAAUAUAACAACGAGUUAUGGUAAUAGAGCCAUCAAGAAAGAGCUAAUCAUGGAAUACAGAAAUACUACGUAGAGGUGGAGUAACAAUGACUUGGUGCGUUGUAGUUGUUGUUGAACGAGGUGAAUAAUAGGAAGUUGACUAAAAAUGAGUCUCGUCAUUGAUCUUGUGAAAUCUAGAAGUUACAGUUAGUGUACAUCUAGCUGAUUACUCUAACAAGCGAGGAAGAAAACGCGCUUCCAGAGAGGGGCAAAGGCGAGCCGACAAAUUUGAGAAGACAACCUGUAAUAUUGGGACUCCGUGGAGGAGGAGGUGGCGCUUGUCGUAGUACUACACCUUCCUCAGCUUCAACUGGUGCGUCCAUAAAGCAAAAGCUCCUUUUGUAUCGGGCUGAAGGCAUCUCAGACUUCCAAGUACUGGAAAUUCGUGGAGAAAAGACUGAUGGAACUAGUGGUGCUGGAGCAGAACUCGAACAAACCUCCAGCCGGAAGUCCGAUAAGCAGGGAGUGCAUUUGCCUUGUGCUAGCAUACUCGUGGUUGCAGGUAUGGAAGAGGAACUACAGUCGUCAUGGGACACUGGAACAACAGCAUUGUCAAAUUUUAUCACCGUAGUUGUCACGGAGAUGAACACAGACAGGACUGAAAACAUAGAGAACAAGACCACCCACCCUCUGCGGCGCGGCCAAGUACUUUUUCUGUGUGGCGACGUCAAAGUGUAUUUUUCGCUUGUAAGUGAAUGCACUCUGUUUCUAGCAACUAGUGGGGAACAGGAGAUUACAACUGUAGCAGAGUGACGAUGGCUAGCUAAACUUUUUGUUUAUUUUGACUUCUUGCGCAAUGCGCAUUUUCAUCUCCGGACUUUUUCAUCCUCACAAGAAGCUCAUGAGCUGAUCUAGCCUGAUUCAACCAUUGAGUUGUCGUGUCGUGUUGCCCUUCAUCCAUUAUGAUUGAUAUGCCAUUGUACUUGUAGAAUUUGUAAUGCUCUAAAAAUAUCCAUGGAUGUAGUUCAUAUCCAUCAUCGGUUCUCAACAUAAGGAUCGUUUAGAUUACUGCUCUACUUGCAUCAAUUUCCUUACAUUGAGUGUCUCUUACUUCCUAUUGUUGAUCAUCUUCUUCCUAGUGCAUAAAUCCGUUUACUACAUGUAUUCAGUCGCUGUGUGCAUAACUGUGUGCAAAAUUCCAACCACUCCAUAACGUCUAUUUUCUACCUACAACCGAACAGGGUUUCCUACCCUCCUACGUAUCCAAGAUCACAAACAUCGUGUCUAUCACAAACAUCGUGUCUAAGAACAUGAACCAGUCUGAUUCAACGCCUUCUCGUCAACGACCGCAUCCUUGCCGCACGCCUUAUGUUGGCACAGAAGCUUCUGCGUCUCGACCCACUGUGAAAUGUCUGCUUUCUCUGCGCCCACCGCUGCUGGUGCGUCGAACUAAAUCGAAAAAUUUGCAAUAGUAAUUGUAAUUGCUACUUUGACAGAAAGAGCCUUUCUUGAGCAGAGUGCAGACUUAAGGAGAGAAAAAGGAUCAGAUACAAAAUCAAAAGAUUUUUACAAAGACUUUCUAGAACGAACAUAGCUACAUCAACGAGGGUCGCACACCGAGUGCGUGGACAAAAGAUCUGCGUACAAGCAACCAUCAAAAAA